AGUGAAGGUUUUGAGCAUUUCAUGUAUAGAGAAAAACAAGAUCAGCUUAGUGUUGACAGACAUGAAGAUCAGUCCAAUCUUUGAAAUCGCUCUCUUUUUGCUUCUUUUGCUUGUCAGCUGUAUAGAAUCAAGAUAUGAACCAGGAGGACACUGGAGAAAUGGGAUGGAAGAUAAGCCAUUACCAGAAGCAACUAAAGAGAAGGAAGAUUGCCUUGAACAACAUACCGAGCUUGAAAAUGAGAAGUCUUUUGUCAAAGAUAUAGAACCACGACCAAGUAUUUCGUUUUAUCCGAAUAAUGCUAAAAAGGGUUCUAAUUUUGUGGUAGAUAUUGAGCCACAAACAAGUGCCACAUUUUACCCCGAUGAUGUCAAAACCAAAAUUUUCACCCAAGAUAUUGAUCCACGACCCAGUGUAACAAUUUACCCAAAUGAUCAUGCCAAGGCCAAACUUGCCGAAGAUAUUGAACCAAGACCAAGUGUCACGUUUUAUCCUGAUGAUGUGAAAGCCAAACUUUUCACCAAAGAUAUUGAUCCACGACCAAGUGUCACAUUUUACCCGAAUGAUGUCAAAGCCGAACUUGCAAAAUAUAUUGAACCACGACCAAGUACCACAUUUUACCCAGAUGAUGUGAAAGCCAAACUUUUCACCAAAGAUAUUGAUCCACGACCAAGUGUCACAUUUUACCCGAAUGAUGUCAAAGCCGAACUUGCAAAAUAUAUUGAACCACGACCAAGUACCACAUUUUACCCGGAUGAUGUCCAAGCCACACUCACUAAAGAUAUUGAACCACGACCCAAUGUCACGUCUUAUCCCAAUGCUCUCAAAACGAAAGAGUCAUUUGCUGAUGCUCACCAUGGAGAAGAAGCUGACAUACAGAUUGCACAAGCUUAAUGUUACGUCAAGAACAGCCAGAGGAAGCAGAAGAAGAAGAGAGUGAAGGUUAUGAUGACAAGAAAAUUUAUGGAGUCUAUUAAGAAAUCCCUAAUUAAGCUAUGAUCCAACUAGCUAGUUAUGGUUUGUAAUUUAUGGUGUAACUUGUGAAAAAAAUAAGUUGUGUUUAUGAAUGAUUAUGAGGAAGCUGCUGUCUGGUUGGGAUAGUGAA